CGUCCCACCGGAUCGACUGAAAGCGUUAUGAUGUGUGAGCCGUAAUAGUGGCUGUGUGCGAUGUCAUCUAACUCGCUAUAACGCUGCGAGUAUUGUGUAAGAAAUAAUAUAGUUUCAGUGACCUUAAACGCUUCGCCAGAGGACUCUAAAUUCCUGGGACUGCAUACGUUUUAUGUUUUGCAUAUUAUAAGACAAUAAGGUGUGGAAGAUAAACCACCUGCUGCCCGUGGAAGCGCUGACCAAGAAUGAAGUUUUCACCAUGGCCGCAAGGACAGAAACUAGUUCACCUGGAUCUGAAAGGGGCCCCUCCAAGAAUUGAAUACCUUCACAAGCUGAUCGACCUUUUCUCUCGGCUGGGAGCUGAUGGCUUACUGGUCGAGUAUGAGGACAUGUUUCCUUAUGAAGGAGAGCUGAGCCUUCUGCAAGCCACCGCCCAUCCUGCUUACAGUCGUGAGGAGGUUCUGUGUAUUCAGGACGUUGCCAGAUCCAGGGGGCUGGAGGUUAUUCCUCUGGUGCAGACGUUUGGACACAUGGAGUUUGUGUUGAAGCAUAAGUCUCUGUGGGGUCUGAGGGAAGUUGGGCACUGCCUAGGUACCCUAAAUCCACAUAAAGAGCAGAGUGUAAGUCUGGUGAUGGAGAUGCUGAGGCAGGUGGUGGAGCUCCAUCCAGGCCUACACACACUCCACAUUGGAGCAGAUGAAGUAUAUUUAUUGGGGGAGGGGGAGGAGUCAAAACAUUGGUUGGCCUCAUCGGGUCACACGGUGGAGCAACUUUUCCUCAGUCAUGUGACCAGGGUGGCCAAAGCCAUCAAGGAGAUGUGGCCUCAGCUCAACAUUGUCAUGUGGGACGACAUGAUGAGAGAGAUGAGCCAUGACACACUGAAAGCUAGUGGUUUAGUAGGACUCGUUCAGCCCAUGUUGUGGGAUUACAACCCUGAUCUGGAUGUGGAUAAAGCAGUGUCGCUGCUGGAGAAGUACUGUCAUGCCGGCCUGCCAGACCUGUGGGCAGCCAGCUCUUUUAAAGGCUCAACCAGUGUUCACACCAGUGUGACCAGUACACAGAGACAUGUGGACAACCACCUGCAAUGGCUGAAGGUGGCAGCUGCAGUCUCCCCUGGUGUACGGCUGCAGGGCAUUGCACUCACUGGCUGGCAGAAGUAUGACCAUCUGUCAGUGCUGUGUGAGUUGAUGCCUGUGGCUUUGCCAUCCUUGGCGGCCUGUCUCAAGGCCAUCAACCAUGGACAAUUCAACCCCGAGGAUCAUAUCAAGGUGAUGGAGAGCCUGGGUAUUUCCUCUGUGGAGGUGGAGGCCAUGGAGAGGACCUCUGAAGGUGAGUCAUUGUUUCCGGGGAGGAAGCUUGCUGAACUGAUCGUGGACCUCACAUCACUGCUGAACUCAGAGGACCUUCGCUAUUAUGAAAACAGCAUGGUCGUCCGCGGAUGGCUGACCCCCUACCACAGACAGAGGAAGAUAGUCAACCCCCUUAUGACCAUGCAGAUUCAGAGUCACGCAACUAUGCUUUUGACUUUGCUGAAGCAGAAGGUGGAGGCGGUAAGGGAGGAGAUGUUGCGCCUUUACCCAGACUCCACUGCUCAGGAGUGGAUAGGACAACACGUGGAACCUGUAGUGGCCCCUCUGCAGAGGAUCACACAGGAUAUCGGAGAGUGUCUGCUGGAAAUGAUGCCGCAGACUUGCUUGCCAUCAUCAGUCCAACAAUGAAGCGGACCCCACAGACAAGACUGGGAGAAUGAGCUGGACAGGACUGGUUUCUGCUGAGGAAUGUUUUUUGGUGUUGUGUCCUUGCUGUUGUAUGUUUUCCUCCAGUUUUUCCCCCCCAUCCUAUUCAAAUGCACUCCAAUUCAACCGUGUGAAAAAUCCCAGCAGCUACAUUAUGGCAUUCUCUUAAUUUGCAAACGGCAUUGCAGUAGAAGGGUGGCUUUAUUUUUGAUUCUGUUCCUCAGCAACUGCAAACUGAUAGAAUUAUGACAAAAAGACCCGUUUUACAUAGAAAACGCUUUAAUUUAACUUCUGCAAAUGUAUCAAGGUUAAAAACAAUACAAUAAAAAAGCCAUCAGAAAAAAGAAA